UGGUCAGAUUCCCUGAGGUGCCUCGGAUUCCGAUUGGGGGAAGGAUCAUUCCUAGUUGUUGAUUGGCUAGAGAGCGGCGCGGCGGCCUCUCCCUUUCCGGCGGACGCUGACCUUGCCCGGGAGCGCUGCCGCGGAGCCGCAGCCAUGGUGGCGUACUGGCGGCAGGCCGGGCUCAGCUACAUCCGGUUUUCCCAGAUCUGCGCCCAGGUGGUCAGGGCGGCGAUGAAGCCCCAGUACAAGGCGGAGGCAGAGAGGGCGGCAAUGGCCACGGUGAAAACCGUGAAGCCCAAGAAGGAGUAAGAUGAACUGAUCUGUGGUGAAUACUCCAGCACCAAACGGCAAAGCUGUGGGCAAGCUCAUGAUUCUGCACUAUGAUGUCAUUACAUUAACUGUAAAACUUGCCUCUGUAUACACAUCAGCAUGCUAAUAAAUGUAAUGUCUGUUAAAAAAAA